CAGUAUUAAAUGUCAUUUUUUUGUCAACAUUAACACAUGUAAUGUAGGUUAUGUUAAAGUUUUUCCAUAUUUCAUAAGAUAAUUAAAAUAUCCGGUUUUAUAUAUCAUACCGCCUACCAUAAAGUGCCUUAUCAUAUAGUUAUUUUUAGUUGUAAAUGCGUGGAAAUUCCAAAACAGUACGAUUUAGAAGUUGACAGCUAUUUGGAUUUGGAACUUGCUAAUAUGUUGUGGAAAUUACACAAUGUCAACAGAUCUUAGUUCUGCUUCUGUUCCCCAAUUGUACAGACAAGUUUUUGAUGCUUGUUCCAAUGAAGGCCAACCAGUACUUCCUGAUGUUUAUCAAAGUUUACUCUCAAAAUGCAAACUGUCUUCUGCACAAAUCGAAAAAAUUGUUAAGAUAGUGGGAACUUCGGUAGGAGAUGUAAAUAGGACGAAUUUCUAUAAAACCCUUGCUUUGAUAGCUUGGUGCCAGCAAGGAAAACAAGUUGCAGAAAAACUAUUUGAAAAUUGCACAGAAAAAGAAUAUCCAAGUCCAGAGAUAACCGAUCUAGCUCAAAUUAAGAACAUGAAGAUAACGCUUCACAAAAAAUUACGUUCUACUGAAUUUAACUAUUCUAACAUAACGAAAAGAGAUUCUAUUAACGUUCACCUAGUACCUGAAAAGAAAGGGUUGUUUAUAAAAUACUCAGAGUAUAUCGUCACGUCAGAACGAUUUAAGACUAAAGUUACCAGAAGAUAUAAUGAUUUCGUUGCAUUAAAAGAAUUGUUACUUAAUAGAUUUCCUUACAGGUUAGUCCCUUCACUACCUCCUAAAAAAAUGGUUUCAGACGCACAUUUUUUAGAAACGAGAAGGAGGGCUCUCCAAAGAUGGAUGACGCUAGUCAGUCGACAUCCCAUCAUAUCACAAGACUCGAUAGUGAUAUUCUUCCUCACAGAUCUAGGUCCCGAUUGCCAACAUAGGAUAAAAGAUAUUUUUGGUAGAAUUCCCGAUGAGUUCAUGACUUCCGAUGUUGCCGCUAAUGCGAAGGAACUCUUGCCACCUGAACACAGCCAAAUUGCCGUAAACUCCCAAAAUAUCCGAACAUUGGUAAACGUCGUAGGUAAAAUGAAGCAGUUGACCGAAGCAAACGUUGAGAGGCACAAUUCAGCCGGUAGAGAUUUCGAAGAGUUUAUCAAUCAGCUGAAAUCACUUAGCGCUCUUAACCUUGAUCCUGGCCAGGCUAACUUAGAAAAUUGGAGUGGUAUGCAAAAAGGAUUUAAUGUCCUAUCGAGGGAAAUGGCCGCUUUAAGCAGCAGGUCCAGCCAUCAUGCUUACUUAGAACAGAAUGAUGUGUGCGAAAGGCUAGGACUUCUUUUAGAUAUCCUUGUGGCACACAAAGACUUGUGCGAGCGAUUAGAAAAAGGCCUUCACCAUGAUCACGCUGUAGCUCUUUCGAAACUUCUCUCUAUGAAAAAACGAAAGAUACAAGGCGUUAUUAGAGGAACUGACGCAGAAAGUGUUGAACAUUUAGAAUCUAAAAUGCUAACUCAAGAAAAUGUCAUCACCAACAUGGAGUUACGUGCGGAUUUUAGUUUGUACUGCGUACAUAUGGAAACUCGGUUGGUGUAUUCCUAUCUGGAAACACUGUCAGAUAUUAUGAGGAAUUUAUUGAAUCUCCAAAUUAAAUCUCAUUCUGAGCUUCAAGAUAUUUGGACAAGAAUUCAAAGUUUGGCUCAACAAUUCUUUCGAUGUGAUAACCAAUUAAACGGUGACUUUUUAAAUAAUAACUAGCUAGGGAUUGUAAGAUCAUUUUUAAAUAUGUGUAUUUUAUAAAAGAGAUUUUUGUAUAAAUUACACCUAUAUUUAGAAGAAUAUUAGUUAAACGUUGGAACACUUUUUACGGUUAUGGGAUUUUUCCAAAACAGUCAUCUGAAUGUGGUGUUCGACUCGCUUUGAGGAUUAUCGUAAGUUGACAAAAAAUAUCGUCCAAUCUAAUAUUAUUUUGCGCCAAGGAGAAUGAAUAAUUAUUACUACUUAUUCUGGGUUAAAGGUGGACGGAUUGAUCAAUACUCGAUCCGUUAAGGAACGGGAAAGCAACCAAUCAAUACUUAAUCGCCGGCAGGAUAGUUUCGCCUUAGAUCAAUACUGUUAUUCAGCUGUGUGAUGGAUGACCGAAGUUAUCUUUAACGUUUGAGUUAAAGUUAAGAUUACUGUCAGGUAUAACGAUGCCCAUAACUAUUUAGGUAAAAUUCGGUGUGAUGUAUUCUUCACAGUUAUGAGAUAGUUAUUUUUUCAACUUUAUAUUAGAAAUAACAUUUGAUGAACAAAGUUUGACGUAACAAAGAGAACCUUAUGUAGAAAUAGUACUAGUUGGAGUGAGCGCGAGAGAUAUUUCGGAACAUGCUCCAGGAUGGGUAGAUGACCGUAAAAGUAAAUACCCAUCGUCGGCCACCGUCGAUGACCGAACAGCAUACAGCUGUUCGGGUUCGGUGGUGUUUCAAACGGUAGAUAGAAACAGGGUUGCCAGAUUGGUGUAUUUUCCCACACUUUUGGGGUAAUUUGAAAGCGUCUAGGGAAAUUUUUCUAAGCAGAAAUUGUAGUGGGAUUUUUUGGGGGCGGAAAAUUAUGGAGGUUUUUAAAGGGUCUUCUUCUUCUACGGCACUACAGCCCAAAUUGGGCCUUGGCCUCCUUAUUUUUGCCUCCAGCCUUGCUUGUCUGUGGCUGCUCUUCUCCAUACACGGACUCCUAAAACUGCCGUCCUAAGCCAAAAAGACGCAUCUCAAUAUUUUAAGUUGUUGAGUUAUUGCGAUUUAUCGGUUUUUUAUUACAAGCACUCGUAUAGAUGCGUCUAAUUUUAUUACCAAUUUUUAGGCACUAUGGAGUUAAAAUGCGUCUUUUUCGCUUAGGAAAUAGGUUAAAGAUUGUAUUUGAGGUCCUUAAGAACCAUAAUAUAAAAAUCAAAAAAUUUUGAGAUACGCCCUUUUGGCUUAGGACGGCAGAAAAGGGCUUGUGCGUCGCUGUUUACUGUGCCUUCCCAGCGCUAUCUUGGCUUUCCAACCAGUCUCUUUCCCUGAAUUCUAGCAUUCAGUGCUCUUUUUGGUAGCCUAUCCUCUCCCAUUCUUAUCACAUGCCUGGCCCAUUGCAAUCUUUGUAUUCUAAUGAAGUCUGACAGGGGUGUUUCCUUAUAGAGUUGAUAAAGCUCGUUGUUGUAUCGACUUCUGAAGAUUCCGUUUUCCCUCACAGGUCCUAGUAUUCUCCUCAGUACUUUCCUUUCGAAUGUGUCGAGUUUGUUUUUGGAUGUUUCUUUCAGGACCCAGGCUUCACUGCCAUAUCAUGUUAUUGGUCGAAUUAAGGUUUUAUAGAUUCUCAUCUUUGUAUUUCGGUGGACACUUUUAGACCGAAAUAUAUGGGAGGGGGCAAAAUAAGCUCUGUUUGCCUGCGUUAUUCUCUUCCGUAUUUCUCCAUCUUCUGAUCCGUCGGCAUAUAUUUCUACUCCCAGGUAUGUAAACUUUCCAACCGUUUCAAUGUCAUCUUCAUGUAUAAUGUUUUGUGGGGCUAUAUCUCUUCUCGUCUGAGUCAUUAUUUUUGUUUUUUUCUGUGUUAAUUUCCAGACCUAGCAUUUUUGUUUAUGUUUUUAACUCUGCUUAUGUUUCCCGUGCUCCUGUUGAUGUUCUACUCAUAAUAUUAAUAUCAUCGGCAUAAGCGGCCAAUUGAACCGUCGGUUGGUUAGUAGGUUUCCUCGUCCAGUUUGCAUUUGCCUAACCGCAUACUCCAGUGCCAGGUUAAACAAUGUUGGGGCCAGCCCAUCUCCCUGCUUUAGCCCCUGCGAAAUUUUGAAAAAGUCUGUCCGGUGGUUUUGUAUUCGUACACGUGCCGAGUUUCGUCCAUUGUGGCCUUAAUGAGUCCUAAUAGCUUGUGCGGUAUUGCCAAUUCAGCCAAUAUAUAGUAUAGUUUGUUCCUUUUGACUGAGUCGUAUGCCUGUUUGAAGUCUACAAACACGUUGUGAGCAUCAAUAUCGUGUUACCAUGAUUUGCACAAGAUCUGUUUGACUGUAAAUAUUUGAUCCAGUGUCGAUCAUCCCCGUCGGAAGCCCGUCUGAUACUCUCCAAUAAUAUUUUCUGCUAGUGGUUGGAGCCGCUGGUUUAUAAUAUACGUGAGGACUUUAUAUGCUGUACAUAAUAGAGAGAUUCCACGGUAGUUUUUGCACUGGAGUUUGUCUCCUUUUUUAUAGAUCGGGUAUACUAUACUUUUCUUCCAGUCGUCUGGUAUUUUCUCUUCUUGCCAUAUGUCUUUGAUGAGCGCAUGGAUGUGACUUACUAGGUGGUCGCCACCUAUCUUAUACAGUUCUUCUGGUAUUUCGUCAACUCCCGGAGCUUUAUUGUUUUUCUGGGCCUUAAUAGCUUUUUUUAAGGGGUCAUGGUAAAUUAAAUUUGCGAAUGUACAUAGAACUGUAUAUUAUACUCCCAUAUAAUCGAGGACGAUAGGAACUAAUAAUUAUUUCCAGGGCCCUCGUUGAUAAGUAGUAUAAUUUUGGUUUACUGUUCUCUUCAUUUUACUACUAAUUUAUUAAAAUGCGGCAAAAAUUUAAAUUUGGGGUAUUUGAGCUUCAAUUUGAGGAAAUUUCAGUUUCUAAGUGGGGGAUUUAUAAAAUAUUAUCUGGCAACUCUGGAUAGAAAGCUCAGUAGGCACUUAAGAUAAAAUUUCAAUUUAUAUCUCUCGAUUUGAUUUUUGUAUAAUUUUUAAAAUUGUAUUACCCUUCUAUUCUUAAUUAUUAAAUUAUUAGCUUCUAAAUUCACUUGAUUUCUGUCUAAAAACAAAUCAAAAGAUGAACCUAACCUUACAUAUCCUUACAUAACUAUAAAGUUAUCUCAUAACUUGGAGGUUUAACGUCGCGUUAUAAAGUGACAGUUGAUACAUCAGAUAACUCAAGAACUGUCAAGAAAUGACGCAAAUAGUUAAGUUAAAUUUGAUACAUCACACCAAUUCGAGGAUUAUAACUUAACUACAGGAUAACUUUACGUUAAAGAUAACUUCGGUCAUCCAUCACACGGCUGAUUAGAUCAACACUCUAGUAGGAACGGUUGGCCUUCAGUCAAUACCUUAGGGCCAGUAGAGUUGUUCCCUAAUCAACACUCUGGGAAAACUCACCUCUCUACUGUGGCGAAUGUCGUUGUGGUGGAAGGUAGUGGGAGAACGUGUGUACAGAAAGGCAGCAAGCCAAGGGUACGAGCUGGAGACGCCAUCGUUGCACAAUAAAAACGAUACUCUAAUAAAACACUAACUACUUCUGGAGCAAAAUCAUGUGUCUAUAAAAUAAAUAUGACGAAGCGUUGAUGAUAUUCAAAAGUGAUCCGAACAUCCUUCGUAAUUAUUUUAUUACAUACUAUAUUUUAUUGCAUAUAUUAGAGAAUUGUACAUAAAAUGUGGAUUUUAUUGAGUUUUUGUUUAUAUUUAUCAAAAAUAAGUAUACCAAAAGAUUAUUACUAAUAUGUUUUCAGUUUAUGCAUUUGUACAGUAUUUAUAAAAGAAAAGGCCUAUAUUGAAUCUCGAAUAUCUCAUUAUAUUUCUAAUAUUUUACAACUUAUUUUGAUUUUAAAGGCAAUAUUGAAAACAUAUGCUUCUUGAUGACAUGGAAAAUUUAUAUUUGUUUAUUUUAUCAUUAUCUUUUUUCACAUAGACUCAGAAACUUUUUAGAGCAAUGAAGAAGGUAUCUAGAAUUUUUAAAAUGUAUAAGCAGUCAAACUGUAGGAAAUAUAAUGUGAUAUAUUUUAUGGUAUUUUUUAAAUGUAUAUUGUUAUAAAAAUUACUUACACAUUCCAUGAACAAUUUAUGAUGAUAACUUAUAAAGACUUAAUCAUACAUAUCUUGUUUAACAAAUUUUUUGAGAUUUUUUAGAGAUUAUAUCGUGUUUUAAAUUGUUAUAUACAAAUCUAAUGAAAGCUGUCCCAAUAUUUUUUACAAUUUGUUAGUCAUAAAUUAAUUAAAAAAGUAAACUUUGUUUUGGUAUUUUUUUAAUUGUUACUAAAUCAUUUUGGUGCGCUGAAGUCUAUGAAACUUAGAUCUAUACUGUGCAAUACUUAUACUUACGACUAAGAAUCAAGUUCCUAAAAUGUUAUGUGUAUCCUGUAUUACUACAUAGAUGUCAAGCCGGGAUCGUAGAAUGCUUAAAAUCUCGUGUGAGUUCAACGCAUUUCAAACAAAGUCUUGAAACAGAAUAGGUCAAACCCAAGGUGACUUAAUAGUGCGGGAGAUUCGUGCAAAUAUUAUAAGAAUUGUGCAUUUAAUGAUAGAAGCAUAUCAUUUGGACCAUCAUUUAUACACAUAUAAAGUUUCAAAAUUAGAAUAAUGUUGAAUGGGUUGCAUAUGUGAGUCCAUAUUAAAUGAAGUAAAGAAACACAAACUUACUCACAAUCAUUUAAUAAUACUUCGACGACCGGUUUCGAUCUCUACACUAUUCAGAUCAUCUUCAGGUCGGCGUUACAAGUGAUCAAAUGCUACAAUUAAAGAAAGCCAGAGUUAGAACAUUGGCUGGUUGUAUCAAAAUCCAAAUAGAAAGCCCAAAAAUUUUUGAAAAGUAUGCAACUGUUGACAUUUCAGAACAACAAACUGAUACAUACGUAUGCACCCAUAUGAGAAACAGGUACUCAUAAGCACGCAUACGCACAAAGAUGCAUGCGGUUUAUGACUAUUUGUUGAAUUAAGUUAAAUUUAAAAUUUAUUAAAAACUUUUGUAUAAAUUUAAAAUUUAACUUAAUUCAACAAAUAGUCAUAAACUGCAUGCAUCUUUGUGCGUAUGCGUACCUGUAUAAGUAUAAGUACCUGUUUCUCAUAUGGGUGCAUACGUAUGUAUCAGUUUGUUGUUCUGAAAUGUCAACAGUUGCAUACUUUUCAAAAAUUUUUGGGCUUUCUAUUUGCAUUUUGAUACAACCAGACAAUGUUCUAACUCUGGCUUUCUUUAAUUGUAGCAUUUAACUACUUGUAACGCCGACCUGAAGAUGAUCUGAAUAGUGUAGAGAUUGAAACCGGUCGACGAAGUAUUAUUAAAUGAUUGUGAGUGAGUCUGUGUUUCUUUACUUCGUUCAAAAUUAGAUAUGAGGCCAUCUCAGAUUUUACCUUUUACAAAAAUGGCGGGCAUUCAAAAUGGCGACGAUACAGAUGUGACUAAUAGCACGAUAACUUUUAAACGAAAAGUCCGACUUCAACCAAAUUUGGUAUAUGUGUUCUUUUUUUAUGUAAAGAUCGAGCUCUUGAACCGAAAGAAGCGGUUUACCAGAAGUUGUGUUUUUCCUGAUUUUUUAUGUAAAAAUAUGUUGUUUUUUUUUCAAUUUUUUCACCCUGUAUAUAUUAAUUUUUCAAAAAGGUAAUACCGGCAUUAAAAGAGCGUAAAAAUAUUUUUUAGGAAAUAUUUUGAACUUUUUAGGUAUGUUAAUUAACUAAAUUAUUAAUUAUUCUAAAUGCAUAACUUAUCUUCACAUGUACCUAUGUACGGCUGAUUCGUGCAAAUAAUAUAAGAAUUAUUGGGCAUUUAAUGGUAGAAGCAUAUAAUUUGGACCACAUAUACUACACAUACAAAGGUUCAAAUUUAGAUAUAAGGCCAUCUCAGACUUUGCCUUUUACAAAACAGUCAGGCAUUCAAAAUGGCGACUAUACAUAUAUGACUAAUAGCACGAUAACUUUUGAAUAAAAAGUCCAAUUUCAACCAAAUUUGAAUCGAUCUCUUGAACCGGAAGAAUCGGUUUGUCAGAAGUUGUAUUUUUCCUGGAUUUUUUUGUAAAAAUAUGUUGUUUAUUUUUUCAACUCUUUCACCCUGUAUAUAUUAAUUUUUCAAAAAGAUAAUACGGGCGUUAAAAAGAGCGUAAACAUAUUUUGUAUGAAAUAUUGUGAACUCUAUAGUUAUAUUAAUUACCAUUUAAUAAAUGCAUAACGUAUCUUCACAUGUAGGUACCUAUGUGCGGCAGAUUCGUGCAAAUAAUAAUAUAAGAAUUAUUCUGCAUUUAAUGGUAGAAGCAUAUAAUUUGGACCACACAUACUACACAUACAAUGAUUAAAAUUUAGACAUUAGGCCAUCUCAGAUUUUGUCUUUUACAAAAAUGGUGGGCAUUCAAAACGAAUCUGCCGCCUAUUCGCGGUGUGCAAGUACUUGGAAAGGGAAACGAGAAACGACCGUGCGCGAGUCGCGGAGAAAUAUUGCAUCUAUCUUAAAUAAUUCAUAUUGUCAAUUGAAAUUGUCAAAUUGACGUAUAUUUCAUACCUUCUGUCAUUGACGCAGAAAAAUUAUAUAUUGCUCCACAACAUUGAUAUGAUAUGCAAUUAUUAUAUAAAGGUAAAUCUAAUUAAUUGUAUUUUGCUUGCAGUACUGCAUUUUAAUAACUGAUUUUAUUUACUACAUACAAUUGUUUACGUUUGCUAAACAUAACCUGCAUCUUAUUUUUUCUUCUUAUUAUUUUCUUGGACUAUGGUCUUGACAAUUAUCCAGCAACCAGGACUAAUAUAAUUGGCCAAUAUAAUUAAAAGUGCGAAUAAAAGUACAGAGCGUAGAAAUAGAGGUCGCUUUGCCGAACUUGCACGGUCCCAAUAGGUACAUGUGAACAUCCGUUAUGCAUUUAUUACAUGGUAAUUAUCAUAACUAAAAAGUUCAAAAUAUUUCCUAAAAAAUAUUUUUACACUCUUUUCAAUGGCGGUAUUACCUUUUUGAAAAAUUUAUAUAUACAGGAUAAAAAAAUUGAAAAGGAAACAACAUAUUUUUACACAAAAAAACAGUAAAAACACAACUUCUGGUAAACCGAUUCUUCCGGUUCAUGACCUCGAUCUUAUUCAUCAAAAAAGAACCUAUAUACCACAUUUGGUUGACAUCCGACGUCUCGUUCAAAAGUUAUCGUGCUAUUAGUCACGUAUGUAUAGUCGCCAUUUUUAAUGCCCGCCAUUUUUCUAAAAGGAACAAAAACUGAGAUGGCCUCAUAUCUAAAUUUGAACCUUUAUAUGUGUAGUAUAUGUGGUCCCAAAUUAUAUGCUUCUACCAUUAAAUGCACAAUAAUUCUUAUAAUAUUUGCACUAAUCUACCGCACAUAGGUACGUGUGAAGAUACGUUAUACAUUUAUUAAAUGGUAAUUAACGUAGCUAAAAAGUUCAAAUUAUUUCCUAAAAAAUAUUUUUACGCUCUUUUCAAUGGCGGUAGUAACUAUUUGAAAAAUUAAUACAUACAGGGUGAAAGAAUUGAAAAAAAAGCAACAUAUUUUUACAUAAAAACCAGGAAAACAACUUCUGGUAAACCGAUUCUUCCGGUUCAAGACCUCGAUCUUAUACAUCAAAAAAAGAACCUAUAUGCCAAAUUUGGUUGAAAUCUGACGUCUCGUUCAAAAGUUAUCGUGCUAUUAGUCACAUAUGUAUAGUCGCCAUUUUGAAUGCCCGCCAUUUUUGUAAAAGGCAAAAUCUGAGAUGGCCUCAUAUCUAAAUUUGAACCUUUAUAUGUGUAGUAUAUGUGGUCCAAAUUAUAUACUUCUAUCAUUAAAUGUCAAUACUGACCUACGAAUGUGAAUCUUGGGCACUGAGAAAUUCGAAAAGAAGAAAGAUAGACGCCACUGGAAUGUUCUGUUGGAGACGAAUGCUACGAAUUCCUUGGACCGACCAUAGGACAAAUAAUUCAAUUUUAAGAGAGCUAAAAGUUAGCCAACGACUCUCCAGUAAAGUCCAUCUCCAACAAUGGCACCUGUUUACGCCGUUUCUCCCGCUUGGCGGCGCUAGUGUAGUUGGAGGUCAACGUUGUGACUAUUCGUGAAGAUUGUAUAUGGUGUUUUUGAUUACGAUUUAAUAAAUAAUAAAUUAUGGCCGAAAUAUAUGGAUCUUGGAGUCUGUUUGUGCGUUGAAAAACAAAUUGAGAAGGAAUGCGAGAGUUACUGGAAAAAGGAAGCCCUUACCGAAUGAUAAACUAUAUUAAUCAUCGUCUCAAUGUUUUAGUUCUAUAGCUCAGAAGAGGGUAUUUAUUUAGUAUUGACUCGCUCCCCACACGAGUCUGACAACUGUGAAUAAUAUGAUAUGUGCGAUCUGCCUUACUUUUUUAUCAAUUUAAAAUUCACAAUUAAGUGCGCUCAGCAUUAAUUUUUGUGUUUAUCUCAUUUAAAAAUGUGAUAUUUUCAAAAUAUGGCCGCCAUGACAGUUGCGCAUUUGGUGUAAAUUUGGUUUAAGUAUGAGUUGAGCGCAGUCGAUUGUGCAAUGUUGUCUUAUUUAAAAAAAAUUAUAAUUCCUUAUGGAAAUAUAGAAUGUGUUAAUUUAAUUAAGUACCAUUAUUUGGGUGUUUGUCUACGUGAAAAGCGACCUUAAAUUUAAGAUGAAAUUAGAAAAAUUUAGGGUUAGGUUUGAUCAGGUUAUGUUUUAGUCACUAAAGAAUAUUUGAAUGGUACCUACUAGGUCACUUUAAUUUUCAGUUAUUAACUUGUUUAUAUUAUUUUCGAUUAGGUUAGGUUUGAUCAGGAUAUGUUUUAGUCAUUUUAAAGCAUAUUUUAAAGAUAAUAUGUCACUAAAAUUCAGUUAUUAACUUUUUAUAUUAUUUUCGAUGACGCUAGGUUAGGUUUGGUCAGGUUAUGUUUUAGUCCCUAAAAAUAUUGAGAACUUGAGAAUUAUUUAAAAUCAGUAUUUCACAUUUUUCUAUAUUAUUAUUAUUGCUUCAAAUAUAAAUUUUUUAUAUGUUCACUCCAUAAAAAGCGAUUGUAGAUGUGGCAGCAGUGUGAAUGUAUAUAAAAUUGCAUAUCUUAAUCCGUGCGUUUAUAAUAAAUUUUGAUCUGAAUUUUAUAGUGAAGUAUUCUAUUUUUUACAGUCGAAUCUAGGGGCAAUACGUAAUCUGUUUCAACAAAAUGUUUAUUGCAGAUACGUGCGUUUAUAUUCGGCACAUAUUUAUCCCUUCUUAUUGCUACAAUUCAUUUUUCUCUUCAGAAUAUCUUUGAGAAACCUGUGUCCUGAUGUUCUCGAUAAGCUCAAAUGCAUAGCACAACAUUGAGGGAUUUUAUUUUCUCGAGUUUAAUUCACACAGCGAAACAAAUAUGCAAUAUUUACUUGGAAAUAGAUUGAUUUGAAGUGUUGACGUAAGUUGACGUGACCUCCAACUACACGAGCGCCACCUACGUUGAGCUUUCCAGAUUAGCUGCCAUUAAAAUACUUUGGACAUGUUAUGAGAGCAAACACAGAAAACAUGGAAAGACUCAUUAUACAAGGAAAGGUGGAAGGCCGAAGAUCACAAGGAAGAUCCCCAACAAGAUGGAUCGAUCAAAUUACAGGAAUAUGCAAAAGACCUAUGCAUGCGUUAAAAGAAAUGACCAGAGACAGAGAUCUUUGGAGACGGACAAUACACGACAUCACGUCGACCACUACACUCCCUCCGGGAGGUCAGGAUUGAAUAGAGAGAUCAUUAAAUGCACAAUUGUUUCACGUAUCGGCUGCACUAUGACGAAGACGAUAAAAAAGAUUAAAAUUGAAUAUGCACAUAAGGAGCAGAUACUGGAUACUGCAGUUAAUACUCAACGGAAAGAUCGAGAUAAUAAGAGGAAUUGGUAGGUGGAAAUAUUCAUGGCUCCGAAACUUUCGUCAAUGGACUGGCUUAUCAGUAGGUGACUUGUUACAUGCUGUGCAAGAUCGAGAACAGUAUCGGCAAAUUGUUAAGGAUGCUAUUCACGACUAAAAUUUGGGCACGGUACUCAAAGACGAAGAAGAAUCUAAAAAUACCAUCAGGUCUUCUCUAUUUUGAAAAUUAUAAUAAUUCAGGCGUUUUCCGUGGACUUGUAGAUUUUAUGAAUUGAAUUUAGUGAAUAAAUAUGAAGUCAAUUGAAUUUAGUUAUGAAAGAAGACUUUAAAAAAAUGCUACUGUUUUGGGUGACAGUUCUGAAAUUAUUCAAAAAUAUUUAUUACGAUUAAAAAGUGAAUCUUUGCAUUCAAUGAGGCACUUGAAAAGUGCAUACUUGAAAAUUGUGUAAAAGCUCACCAUUUUAGUGAAAAGGUGAACAAAAAUUUCUAAAACCUUUGUUUCUGACUAACAGACUAAAAAAUAUUGCAGCAUUUUUAUAAAUAUAUAUUAUUACAGAAUGUAUUGAUUAUUAUUGAUAUGAUUAUUAUUAAUGUAUUUAGUUAACAAUAGACAAAAGGCUCGAAUUGGAUCAAAGAUCGUUGUUAUUUAUAUAUUAUUGCACGUUUGUAAGUUUACACUGGUCAGUGUAAUUUUUAUUUAUACAGUCAGAAAAAUGAAAGAAUACCCAUGCGUCAUCGAUGGUAUGCAUACGAAUCAAAUCAAAAAUUUCUAGUCAAAACAAAGUCUAAACUAAGUUAAUACUGAAAAUAAACGGAUGUGACUACUACCCCACCGUACAUUUUUCGCUACGUAAGAAUGUGUCAAAAAUUUUUUGUGAUGUUAUUCUUUUUCUGGUAAUAUAUAUUUAUUGGUGAUAAAUGAUACUAUUACUACCUUAAUUAAUUAUUUGAUAUAUAUUAAUAAUACAAAAAUAUUGAGUAAGCAAAUAUAGUAUUAUGAAUUUCUCCAUGUAAAAGUUGCCAGUGGACGUAAAUAGUAACAGGAAUUUAAAAAAAUAUCGUUUAUGUCAGCUGCAUUAAGUGAUUAAAACGAAAGUAAACUUAAUAAAUUCAGAUCAUUAGGUAUCUAGAUCAUUUUCCAGACAUUAUCUGCAAAUAAAUGUACAUUCGUAAAAAUAUACUAAUCUGUAAUUUCAUACACUAUGAUUGAAAAGUCAGAGUAAUAUGUACACGUUUGGCAAACUCAUAGACAGAAGUUAACCAUAUUGACAGAUGAUUACUUACAAAUUUUAUUGACGUAUUUUAAUUAAAUAAAUACUUACUACACCAAAAAUACAAUAUAAUAUCAAAAUAUCUCUUAAAAUAAUUUAAUUUAUUCAAGUAAAUACGACUGAUUAUUAAAAUUUAUAAACUCUACCAAACCUAACCCAGUUUCACUGUCAAAGUGACAGAAAUCGAAUCAGUCAAAUUAUAGUUGAGCAGCACGAUUACUCGAAUAGUAGUUUAUAUUAUCAUUAUCUCUACUCAUGUUGAAUGUUUUUCUAAGAAUGACAUUAGAAGUACAGAAAUAGUCCAGUGUGAGUUUAAAUUUUCUACUAAAUUAAUAUAACUACGUUGAACAAUUGUAUCGCCGUCUCACUCUGUCAAUUAUGCAUAUGUAACUGCGUAUGUCUUGGAUAACGUUUUUGCUUAGUAGACAACACUAAGGGCCGGUUGUUCGAACGCUAAUCAAAAAUGAUCAUUAUCAAAUAUUGAAUUACUGUCACCAACUGUCAGUGUCAACUUUGUUUGGGUUGCUGAAAACAUAAUUAUGGAUUACAAUUAUGAAAUUAGUUAAUCAAUUAUGUUAAUAAUUGUUAUGUUAAUUGAUUAACUAAUCUCAUAAUUAUAAUCAAUUAUGUUUUCAGCAACCCAAUCAAAGUUGACAUUGCCAGUUGGUGGCAGUAAUUAAAUAUUUGAUAGUGAUCAUUGUUGAUUAGCGUUAGAACAAUCGGCCCUUAAUAAUCUAUCUCUCUCGUUUGUUAUUUAUAGAAAAGGGCAGCAAAUCCAAAAUAUGUGCUUGAUAUGAUCGUUCAUGGGUAUUCUUUCAUUUUUCUGACUGUACAUAAAGUUGUUCCAACGGAUCUUUGUACAAUAUUUAAUGUUUGAUUUACAAACAAGUUAAAUCAAAACAUCGUGAAAAAACAUCAUAAGUGAAAGUACAUCAUAAGUGAAAGUUAAAUCAAAACAUCAUAAGUGAAAAGUACGUCGGCAUGUAUUGUCAAUGUAAUUAUUCGGAAAUGGGUAUUAUCCGGGUGAACAUACUUUAUAAAGUUAUUUUAUUCAAGUGUUUGAUCUGUUUUGACUAUUGAGGAGAUUGAUGGAGUUAACAUUAAACAGCUUGAUACUAAUAAUAUAAAGAUAAAUAUAGAACGGUAAUAAAUAAAUCUAAAAAAAAAACAAAAAGUUAAACAGUAAUCUCGAAAAUAAAUGAAUAAGUUUCCGUCCGAACUAUAGCCAGACUCAUGUAGUAUAACGACAAUUUGUAGGUUACAAAAUAUUGCUUGUCUCAUUAGCUUAAAAAUAAAUAAACUUGUUAAUAAUGGGUAAGGCCCGUAAAUAAAU